ACUGUUUCAAGUUCCCCCAGUAGAAACUGUGCCUGAUUUGUGGCCAAUGCUGGAGAUGUACGAAAAGGGAGGAAAACACUAAGCGGGUAGCUAUGGAGAUAGACCGUUUUCCUGGCCGCUUCCUUUGACAGGUGUUGAGUAGGUUAAAAGUCUUCAAACAGAGUCCACCAUGUACGCCAAAGGGAAAGGAGCUGUCGUUCCGUCUGAUAGUCAAGCCAGAGAGAAAUUAGCUUUAUACGUAUACGAGUACUUGUUGCAUGUUGGGGCCCAGAAAUCAGCACAGACUUUCCUUUCUGAGAUCCGAUGGGAGAAGAACAUUACGCUAGGGGAGCCCCCUGGAUUCCUCCAUUCAUGGUGGUGUGUAUUCUGGGAUUUGUACUGUGCCGCUCCAGACCGCCGGGAGACCUGCGAGCACUCCAGCGAGGCCAAGGCCUUCCAUGACUAUAGUGCAGCAGCUGCCCCCAGCCCUGUAAUGGGCAACAUGCCCCCCAACGACGGCAUGCCAGGCGGACCCAUGCCCCCUGGUUUCUUUCAGGGGCCUCCCGGCUCGCAGCCGUCACCACACGCACAGCCUCCCCCACACAAUACCAGCAACCCCAUGAUGGGACCACACGGCCAGCCUUUUAUGUCUCCGCGAUAUCCUGGCGGACCACGGCCGUCUCUUCGCAUGCCAAAUCAGCCUCCCGUAGGAGUUCCAGGUUCACAACCACUCCUGCCAAACAGUUUGGACCCUACCAGACCACAAGGACAUCCUAACAUGGGUGGCCCGAUGAGAAUGAACCCCCCCAGAGGAAUGGGUGGCAUGGGCCCUCAGAACUAUGGUGGCAUGAGGCCUCCUCCUAACUCUCUAGGUGGACCAGGCAUGCCAGGAAUGAACAUGGGUCCUGGAGGACGUGGCCCGUGGCCGAACCCCAACGCUAACUCUAUAGCAUACUCCUCCUCGUCUCCAGGCAACUAUGUGGGUCCACCAGGAGGAGGCGGUCCACCAGGAACUCCCAUAAUGCCAAGCCCAGGAGACUCCACAAACUCCAGUGAAAAUAUCUACACUAUGAUGAACCCUAUUGGACCGGGAGGGAACAGACCCAAUUUCCCUAUGGGUCCUGGUCCAGAUGGCCCAAUGGGCGGCAUGGGUGGCAUGGAACCUCAUCAUAUGAACGGAUCGUUAGGCUCUGGUGACAUGGAUGGGUUGCCAAAGAACUCGCCCAACAACAUGGCAGGCAUGAACAACCCACCCGGCACACCGCGGGAUGACGGAGAAAUGGGAGGCAACUUCCUCAACCCAUUCCAAAGUGAAAGUUAUUCACCCAACAUGACGAUGAGUGUGUGAUUUCGUCUGAUAUCAUUUUAUUUGGGCUUUUCUUUUUCGUUUCGUUUUCAAACCUCCUCCGACUGCCCCCAUUCCUUUUUAACCUCGCCCCCUCUCGCCACCCGACCCCCGGCACCCUCUGCCCAUCGGAUCUCUGGCCUUUUCUGCACAGCCUUCUGGGACGUCCCAUGAGCAGAGGACUCACAUGAAAGUGGCCCAUCCCGGCUUGUGCAAAAUGGCCAGCGGCAACAGGAAACAGCCCCAGAGCCACAGGAAGAGCUUGUUGACUGAAUCUCCCUGCCUCCCGGACUUCCUCCCUAGUUCAGGACACUAACAGGGCUGAACACACACAGGAAGGCAGGUGUAUGUGUGUGUGUAUGUGUGUGUGUGUGUAUAUGUGUGUGUAUGUUUGAGCAGUUUCACCGGGCUGCUCGCUGUAUGAUCUUUACGAACUCACUCCACUUUUUUUGAUUCAUUUUUUUUUAAAUCUUGAGCGGAUGCAGUCGUUUUUACAGUGGGAAAUAUCUGCACCUUUUUUUCCUCCAUUUUAUCGUGUAAAUGCAAGAGGAAGCUCGUCACGUUGGGUUCGGCAAUGAACUUUUUCAUUAUUCUGUGUAUGUAUUGUAUUAUUAUCAAUUGAUGAUUUAAUUUUUAUUUGAAUAAUAUUGUAAUGAUGAUUAUUGGUUAGGUUUUGAUUGUUUUUUUCUGAAAGGGGCACAUUGUAUGUAAACCAUAAAUUUGACAGAAAAAGCACACAUCCAUAAUGCACAAAAACGUGUCAUGGCUUCUGCUGGAAGUCUGCGCUACGUUUUGUGUUUGCUGUGAAAUCUUACCUCCCGCUGAUUAAAAAGGUAUCUUUUAUUCUAUGUCUGUGUACAGGAAAUGUACAGUAGUUUUAUUGUCGCUGUUGAGUAAAAACCAGCAGUGACUUUAACCUCUUCAGACCAGCCUGCGUCUCAAAAAAACAAACAAACA